CCUGUCUCCACCCGUUCGCAGCCAUGAUGCAGGAAGGGCUGGACGACGGACCCGACUUCCUCUCCGAGGAGGACCGGGGACCGCGGGCGGUGAACGUGGACCUGCAGACGGACGCCACGCUUCAGGUCGACAUCUCCGACGCUCUCAGUGAGAGAGACAAGGUCAAGUUCACCGUCCACACCAAGAGCACGCUUCCGAACUUUAAGCAGAACGAGUUCUCCGUGGUGCGACAGCAUGAAGAGUUCAUAUGGCUGCACGACUCGUUCGUUGAGAACGAAGACUACGCAGGAUACAUCAUCCCCCCUGCCCCCCCCAGACCGGACUUUGAUGCGUCCAGAGAGAAGCUGCAGAAGCUCGGGGAGGGAGAAGGAUCCAUGACCAAGGAGGAGUUCACCAAGAUGAAGCAGGAGCUGGAGGCAGAGUACCUCGCCAUCUUCAAGAAGACCGUCGCCAUGCACGAGGUCUUCCUGUGUCGUGUGGCGGCUCAUCCCGUCCUCAGGAAAGACCUCAACUUCCACGUCUUCCUGGAGUACAACCAGGACCUGAGCGUACGAGGGAAGAACAAGAAGGAGAAGCUGGAGGAUUUCUUUAAGAACGUGGUGAAGUCUGCCGACGGCGUCCUGGUGGCCGGAGUCAAGGACGUGGACGACUUCUUUGAGCACGAGAAGACGUUUCUGUUAGAAUAUCACAACAGAGUCAAAGACGCUUCGGCCAAGUCCGACAGAAUGAUCCGCUCGCACAAAAACGCUGCAGAUGACAUCAACAGAAUCGCCUCAUCUCUGUACACAUUAGGAACACAGGACUCCACGGACCUCUGCAAGUUUUUCCUCAAAGUGUCCGAGCUAUUUGAGAAAACAAGGAAGAUUGAAGCUCGCGUUGCAGCAGAUGAAGACCUGAAACUGGCCGACCUGCUGAAGUAUUACCUGAGAGAAUCACAGGCUGCAAAGGACCUGCUGUACCGGAGGAGCCGGGCUCUGGUGGACUACGAGAACGCGAACAAGGCUCUGGACAAAGCCCGAGCCAAAAAUCGAGACGUCCUGCAGGCGGAGACCAGCCAGCAGCUCUGCUGCCACAAGUUUGAGAAGAUCUCCGAGUCCGCCAAGCAAGAGCUCAUAGACUUCAAGACGAGACGGGUGGCAGCUUUCAGGAAGAACCUGGUGGAACUGGCAGAGCUGGAGCUCAAACACGCCAAGGGGAACCUCCAGCUGCUGCAGAGCUGUCUGGGUGUCCUGAAAGGUAACACUUAACUGUGUGACCCAUCUGCAGCUGAUGGGACACGCCCAUUGUCACAACCCCGCCCACAUCAAACUGGACACACCCUCUGUGGGUGGAGCCCGGACAGAUGGAUAGAACUCUGGAGCAGAGAGAGAGAACAGAGGCGUAAAAAGACAAGAAGUCUGUCGUCUUCAUCAAUGACCAGACACCGUCCUCUUCAUCUUCAUCCUCCUCUUCCUCCCUCUCUCUCCAGCAGCCCCUGCACUGGUUCCACUGGUCCUGUAUCAGCUCUGCUGGUCUCCUGAGUGAUGUUCACAUGAUGCUCUUUGUUAUCACGCAACAGAAGAAAAUUAUUUUUAACCAAUUCAGAUUCAUGAGAACCCAAACUGUCAGGUUUAAACACAAGUAGACCAGGUAUCAUCCCACACGUUAUCAGCAGCCCCAACACUCCGGAUCAGUGUCGGCACGCCCACCUGACGAAGCACAUCAUCGACCUCAACACGUAAACCAGGGUCAGUCCUCCAGUCCUGAAACGGUUCGACUGACAAAACCACCAGAAGAAGAAAGUUUAGUUGAAACAGUCAGAGUUUAGCGAGCGUUAGCGUAUAGCUAUCCAUAAGCUAACCAGCCAACACAUGAAGGAGUCAUCAACCACUGAAGCAGAGCUGAAACAUCUGAACAUCACUCAGAAGAAACAACCAGCACCAGAGACUAACUGGUCCCAGCUGGACUGUGCUGGUCCCAGUUGGUCUCUGCUGUUCUCCACCCUCCAUCUUACCAAGAGGUCUUUUGUCUGUUAUGGAGUCAUAAAAGUCUUUUUUGUGAACAUUUCAACUUGUUUUUAUAAUCCUGUCUUAUUGAAUAAGAAUAAUUCUGUAGUCACGAGACCCAGAAGUCAAUUAAAAGAUGCAACAGUGAGCUACAGUAAAGCUAAACCAGUUUGAAUUCAUGUGAUGUUACUGCAGCGACUUCUGAAGAGUCAAAGUUCCUGAAACAUUUCCAUCUGUUCUGAGUUCGUCUGCUUCCAGGAAACUGAGACUCGACUCAAAGACAGACAGAAACUACUUGACAAUAUGGAGAGUCUUUACAGUCCAGAAGGAUCAGUCAGAUCCCGACGGAUCAGGCAGAUCCAGCUGCUGAUGUCCGUCUGUCCGCCUUUUCUGCUCAGUUUUUACAGUUUUGUUGCUGCUUCGUCAGCGUCUCACUGUCUUCUUCUUUUGGUGGUCUGUCUGUCUGUCUGUCUGUCUGUCUGUCUGUCUGUCUGUCUGUCUGUGUGUGUGUGUGUGUGUGUGUGUGUGUGUGUGUGUGUGUGUGUGUGUGUGUGUGCGUGUGCGUGCGUGCGUGCGUGCGUGCGUGGUCGGUGAACUUCCUGUUCUGCUGCUGUGUGUCGGCGUGUUGAGUCCAGCUUUUGUUUAAGUGUAGCGUCAUUAAUAAAAAGCCUUGUGUAUGUUAGUAUUAGUUAAUGAAUCCUCUUCAUCAUCAUCAUCAUCACUAACUGUAGCUUGUGUUUCUCUGCGUCAGCUGUUUCUAUCCCAGCUGACAGUGGAGCUUCAGUCUGUUUGCCUUAAUGUCGAUCACUUUGAUUUGUUGUAAAGGAAACGUUGAAACAUGGAAACUGUUUUUGUUUUGUUCUUUUUUUAACGUUCACUGUAUACGAAUGUUUUUUCACUCUUAUGUGACCAAAGCGUCCAUUACUGAUUCAACAUGGAGACGACUAAGAGAAAUAAAGUGACGAGAA